AUGGAGUCGUUCCGAUAUCCAGAGAAAGUGGCACUCCCUGAAGGUGUGAAAGACAAGUCUGGCCUGAAAGAUCUGAUCAAUACCAUUCGUACAGAAGAAAUAGAUAGGCGUCUUCAAGCAGCAGUUGCAUCCAAUGACCAAGGCUUGGUUAAAUGGCUGAAAGCCAGAAAGCAACAUAUUUUAGGCCACCAAGUUCAAGGAAAUGUCACCAUAUCUGGAAGUAUGUAUACAAAUAAGAUCUAUAUCCCUAUUCAAGAAUUCCCUGAAAGUAAUUUCGUAGGCUUGAUCAUAGGCCCUAGGGGCUCUACUCAGAAGCAACUCGAGAGAAUUACAAGAACCAGAAUAUAUAUAAGGGGAUCAUACAAGGACAAGUACGCAGAGCCUCUACAUUGCUAUAUAACUGCAGAUACACAGGAGAGCCUAUUAAAUGCAACCGCUGUGAUAGAAAACCUGAUAGAAGAUUCCAUUCUUUUUGGCGACACCAGGCUGAAGACAUCUCAGCUUCGGGCAAUGAGAGAACACAAAAUGCAAAAAGGGUUUAGCGAUUGGGAGAAAUAUUAUUACUGGUGGUAUUUCCAUAAUAAAAUACAGAGGAAGGCAGAAUGUAGCAAUAGUUUAUCCAAACUCUAG